UCCUCCAGCACCUGAUAAACACUUUUUAUUAUUAUUAUCAUUAUUAUUAUAAUAAUAAUAAUAAUAAUAAUAAUAAUAAUACAUAACAAAUACUCUGCAUGUGCUUUUGUGUGCAUGGGCUGACAAAGUCAAAAUUAAGUCAAAGUAUUUCUAUAUAUGCGGGAGUCACUUUUGGACAUUUGGAAAAUGUUGCACAAAUUGUUUUGUUAAAUUUCUUUCACUGGAUGUUUGCUUUGUGGAAAACAAAGGUGAAGACAAAAAGGAAAACUGGACAAGCUGUUUUUUUUAUAGAGGAAUUCUGAGGCAGGAACCAUGAAAGAUAACUAUGGUGGAUAUGAGAACCAGCUUUUUAAAGAGGAGGACUUCACUGGAGAGGAAGAGGAAAUGCCUUCAUUCAGAGGUCGCAGCAGAGGUGGUUGUGUGAGGUGUCAGCAGAGUCAUUCUCUCCAGCUCGCCGUCAAAGUCCUCUAUGGGUUUGUGGCAUUCCUCAUCAUCACAGUCGCCGUCCUCGCAUCACUCGUGUUCAGGAAGGUUGAAAGGAUGUCAGCAGAGGAGUCCGUCUACCACAGUAAGAUCUCCACGGUUCAACAAGGAAUAGAUGAUCUGAGCUCCACCUCAAACUGCUCCAGCUGCCUUGAUGUGACUCUGUACAGUGAGGAGAUCAGCAGGCUGAAGAAAGAGUUUGAAGAUAUACAGAGAAUGAUACUGGGACAAGAGCAGGUCCUGGACCAGGCCUCCCAGACUCAGGCCACUCUGAGGGCCGUCAACGCCCGAGUGGUGCGCGAAACGCAAAACCACCUCACCUCCAUCCGACUUCUGAACCAGUCCCUUGAAAGAUACGUGGAUCGGGUGGAGGCCUGGAAGGAUGUGAUCGAGGAGACGGAGGAGAAGAUGAAGACUCUCACGGAGGAUCAGUACGACAUCAAAGCAACGGCACACCAAGUGAACACCACAGUGGUGCUCAGCACGAUGUGGAUCGAUGCCCUGCAGAGGAAAGCCGCCGAGGAGACGCUGGUCCUCCAGAGGUUGACCACCGAAUGGCAGAACUACAGCCGGGUUCUGAGCGCGAUCAAAUCCAACACGAGCAACAUCAUGCAGACCAUGCGCUUCCUCCAAAACAGCAUGGUGACAGACCGCCAGAGAAUUUCCAUGUCCACUGAGGUGUAUUAUGACCUCACUCAGCAGGUGAUGAACCUGCAGAUGCAGCUUGACAAUGUGACAUCUUACAUGGAUGAACACGAGGAGAACAUGCAUGACCUGCACUAUCAUUCCAGAUACUACGAGAACCGCACAGGGGAACGUUUCUCUGCCUUGGAUGGUCGCCUCAACUCCAUCGAGAUGGAGAUUGACACAGUCUCCUCCAGCAUCAAUGCCACCGUCAGUCAUGUCCAGAGCAUGUACAAAUACAUCAACAUCGAGAGCUCAUCUUGCCAGAGUCGCCUGGGCAGACACACAGAAGACCUACAGAAUCUGAACAACACAGUCUUGUUACUCCUCCACUUAGCUGAGGCACUGAGGCAGCAGAAUAUGUUGCUAAACGUCCGACUGAAUGUGGAUGUCAGGAACCUGUCCAUGGUGAUGGAGGAGAUGAAGCUAGUGGACGUUCAUCAUACCCAGCUCAUGAAGAACUUCACUAUAGUAAAAGGUGCUCCUGGACUUCCAGGGCCCAAAGGGAACCGUGGUGAAACUGGUCCAAAAGGGCGUGCAGGACUUAUUGGUAGUAAAGGUGACAGUGGCCCCAUGGGAAGCCGUGGAUCAAUUGGAGUGAAGGGGUCUCUUGGGCCAAAAGGCGCACCAGGUGAAACAGGUCCCAUUGGUAAUAAAGGGGCAGUAGGAGUCAAAGGAGCCAAAGGCUCUCUUGGUCUACCUGGCCCACGUGGUGAGAAGGGUCAGAAAGGUGACAUGGGCCCCACAGGUACAGACGGGCCCCCAGGACCCACAGGGCCUCCAGGGAUCCAGGGUCAGGCAGGACUCCCAGGCAUUAUUGGGCCAACAGGACCAAGGGGAAAACCAGGACCAGUAGGACCACCUGGACCACCAGGAACCCCUGGAUCUCCAGGGCUGCCAUACCUCCAUGAGCAACUCAACACCCAGCAGCGCACAGAUGUGUCUGCCGCUGAGUCCAAGAGGCAGUAAAGAGAUGGAUGGAGAUGACUCCUCCAGUACGAAGAAUUUAAUAUUAUGUUAUCAACUGAAGGAAUAUCAAUCAAUGUGACUGGAAAUGCAAUAAUCCAUUCAUAUGGGAUCGUGCAAGACAAUGGAAAAACUUUAUGAACAAAUGCAAACAACUAAAAUUGGAGUUGCAGUCUUAAAUUCCUGAUGAAGUAACUUUGGCCACAACGACAUGAACCUAUAGGACAGUGUGAAGUGAUGAUAAACAGAACUGCUGCGACAGACUGUGAGAAAUGAUGGUACUCAGGCCUUAAAUGGACCAUGUUUCGACAAACUUUAUAUAGCGUAGCUCUUUGUGGGUUUUAUUUCUUGAAUUAUACCCAAAUACAACAAAACUCUCCACUUGGUUGGCCAUAUGCAAAUAACGGAGCGCAGAUUGGGCUUUUAUCGCAAUUAAAAGCUCAUAUUUGAUGGUGAGAUUAAUAGGAAUAAUAAACAUCCAUUACUGAAUUUGAAGACUUGCCUAGUUGAAUGUACUGGAAGUAAAGAAUGUGUUUGAGGUUUGUGAAAAUGCCACAAAAACCUCACAGGGUAUAAUGAAUAGGAGGGCUUUUAACCGCACAUUUGGACUAAAGUGGUAUUUUCUGAUCCAGACUACUCUAAAGUUUACUUCCCCAUGCACUAUUAAAUGGACACGGGAACAUUUUA